AUGGAGCAGCGGAGAAGAAACAAAAUUAAUGACAGAUUUCAGAUACUCGGGGAACUCAUACCUCAUAGCGAUCAGAAGAGAGAUAAAGCAUCAUUGCUUCUGGAGGUAAUCGAAUACAUACGGUUUUUACAAGAAAAGAUUCAAAAGUAUGAGACCUCGUACUCAGGAUGGAAUCAUGAUGAUGCAAAAUUAAUGCCAUGGGGGAAAUUUUAUUGCCGAUCAUUAUGGAAAAAUGCACAGAAUAACCAAGUCAGCAUAGAUGGUUUGCCUGAUGCAUCUCAAGUCAUAAGAAAUAGUUCUGUGCCUGCAUCUGUUUUCUCUGGACAGUAUGAUGAAAGCAACAUCUCAGUUACACCUGCUAUGCUUCCAAAUCCCCAGAAUCCAACAGAAUCAGAACUAGUUCCCAGUGUACCCUACAAGACAACAGAAACGGCAACAGGAUAA